ACGCGUGCGCACUGCAGUGUCCAACUUACAGGUGACAUGGAAAGGCACUUUUUUCACUGUUUAGCUUGUUAGUUAGCUACGGCUAGCUCGCUCCUAGUUGAUCCGGUGGUCUCAGGUGGACCUGCCUCGCCGUAACCCGUCUGUCGUCUUUGAAUUCAGCUGAAGAGCGCUCAGGGUGGCUGAUAAUCAUCCCUCCAGUUUCCAGGGAUACCUCAGCCGACCCCGAUGAAGGCCGAGCAAGAGGGAGACCUCCUCGAAGAGGACUCCCCUCAGGAGAAUGGGAUCAUCCAGACGUCCCAGUACAGCUCCAUCUCUCCUCCCGCCUCCCCCGUGGCCCAGGAGGAGCCCUUCUCCACCUACUUUGAAGAGAAGGUGCCUGUUCCCGAGGAUGUUAACCAGAUAUUCAGUUUCCGUAAACUCUGGGCGUUCACUGGGCCAGGCUUUUUGAUGAGCAUCGCUUACCUGGAUCCAGGGAACAUUGAGUCUGACCUGCAGUCUGGAGCCAAAGCAGGCUUCAAGCUCUUAUGGGUGCUCCUUGGGGCCACCAUCAUCGGUCUGCUCUUGCAGAGACUUGCUGCUCGUCUGGGAGUCGUCACAGGGAUGCACCUGGCUGAAGUCUGCAACCGCCAGUAUCCCACUGUCCCACGGAUUAUCCUUUGGCUCAUGGUGGAACUGGCAAUUAUUGGCUCAGACAUGCAGGAGGUUAUUGGCUGCGCAAUAGCUCUCAACCUUCUCUCUGUGGGCAGGAUCCCACUGUGGGCAGGUGUUCUCAUCACCAUUGUUGACACAUUUGUGUUCCUUUUUCUGGACAAGUACGGCUUAAGGAAACUUGAAGCCUUUUUUGGCUUUCUCAUCACCAUAAUGGCUGUUAGUUUUGGUUAUGAGUACGUGUUGGUAAGUCCAAACCAAGGGGAGGUGCUGAAGGGCAUGUUCAUCCCGUACUGUGAAGGCUGUGGUGCGGUGCAGCUGGAGCAGGCAGUGGGAAUUGUGGGAGCUGUCAUCAUGCCGCACAAUAUCUACCUGCAUUCAGCCCUUGUCAAGUCUCGUCAAAUAGAUCGAGGCAAUAAGAAGGAGGUAAAAGAAGCCAACAAGUACUACUUCAUCGAGUCGACUAUUGCGCUCUUUGUCUCCUUCCUCAUCAAUGUCUUUGUGGUGGCAGUGUUUGCUGAGGCCUUCUAUAUGAAAACCAAUAUGCAAGUGAGUGCAGAGUGCAAUGCAACCGGCAGCCCUCACACAGAUCUCUUCCCACCUGACAACAACACGUUAGAGGUGGACAUCUACAAAGGGGGGGUGGUCCUGGGCUGUUUCUUUGGCCCAGCAGCCCUCUACAUCUGGGCCAUAGGGAUCCUGGCAGCCGGGCAGAGCUCCACUAUGACCGGCACUUACUCUGGACAGUUUGUCAUGGAGGGUUUCCUGAAUCUGCGUUGGUCUCGUUUUGCGCGGGUUCUGCUGACUCGCUCCAUCGCCAUCACACCUACACUGUUGGUGGCCAUCUUUCAGGACGUUCAGCAUCUGACAGGGAUGAACGACUUCCUGAACGUGCUGCAGAGCAUGCAGUUACCGUUUGCUUUGAUCCCGAUUCUGACCUUCACCAGUCUAAAGUCCAUAAUGAAUGACUUUGCAAAUGGGCUGGCAUGGAAGAUCUCUGGAGGCGGCGUCAUCCUGAUGGUUUGUGCAAUCAACAUGUACUUUGUGGUGGUUUACGUGACCACCCUGAACAGCGUGCUGCUCUACGUUCUGGCCGCCCUCCUCUCGAUAGCCUACCUGAGCUUUGUGGGCUACCUGGUAUGGCAGUGUUUGAUUGCCUUGGGCGUUUCCUGUCUGGACUUUGGCAGCAGGACUCGCCUGGGGUUGUCAGGGCACACUGACAUUUACUUGUUGAAUGACAUGGAGACUGACUCUUCGGUUGAGCGAUAGGACGACAUAUGACGGGUGGACAUUGAACUCUGGCACAGGAUGCCGGGAAGAGCUCUCAAAGGUGACCUCAUUCAGGAACGGGACCACUGAGGCCGGGCCAGUACGUGUUCCUCUCGUGCCUUCCAGUACUUCAUUCAUUUUAAAGUGCUCUUACAUUAUAUUAGCACACCCACAGAUCUUAUUUAUAAAGGAAUAAUAGAGGCUUUGCAUGGCAAAUCUACAAAACCAACCGUGUUGGAUCUCUAUGUUAGAGUUAUCUUUGUGCAAAUAAUUACUAAAUAUCUGGCCAAAUGAUGUAGCUGUUAAAUGAAAAAAACAAGUCACAGGUGUGAGUCCAUAUAGUAAACAGAUGUUAACAAUUUAGGUUACUGUGAUAUGGUAAAAUGGCUUGUGUUUAUUCCUAAAUUCUUUUCCAACGCACCCUGUGCUUAAUCUUGAGACGAGGCAGCUGAGUUGAUCUAAUGCUGGCCAACGCUGUAGAAAUAUCUGGCCGAUGUUGGACCGAGUGUCAGGCCCUGCUGAGGAUGCCGGGGACGGUCCCAGGCUGAUGUGAGGCUGGUUCAGCUUCACAUUUCACUCCCCUCAUAUUUCAACAGCAGCUUCACUGAGGAGUUUGACACAGGAGUGACGACACACCCAUGAGGCACAACACACGGCUGAACACAGAAAGCUGAUUAACACAUUUGAAGCUCUACAGUGUAUACAGUCAAUUUCCAUGACGGCAAAAACCUGGAAAAUAACGCCCAGGUUGAAAAUAAUCAUCCUUGAACCGUGUCUGUUCCAUCUGAGAGAGACUCAAAGACACAGAGACACACUGAUGCCCGUGAAUAUGGCCUCCCAUACAGCAACCACGGUCACACAGAGUCACCACAGAGUCCACGGUGCAUCACCUGAGAGCCCUCUUUUUCUUUUCUGUUCUUUUCUUUUCUUUCACCUUUAUCUAUUUAACAAAAAUCACUGGUUGACACACUUCCAGUUGUUUGCCUCUGUUGAUCCUCGCAGGCCCAGAGCAGAAAAACGCCAUGUUGCUGCAAUAAUGAAUGGUUGAUACACCUUACGGAAAAGUCAAGAAUUUUUAUCGAUAGAAUGACUUUUACAAUUUUUAUGCAUUUGGUGGGGACCAAGUAGUUUUCAGCUGUGAUAGUCAGAGGUCCUUCAGUGUAUAUUCAAAUAGAAUAUAAAAUGUUUUCAAACUUCCAUCAAAUCCUUAAAUGAGGUUAAUAUAUUGUGUACUUGUCAGAAAGCCCUGUACACUCCUUGUUAAGUCUUUUGAAGAUUGGUCAAAUUAAUGUAGGAGAAUUUAAAUUAAUAUUUUCAAUUAUUUGACAGUAAUUCAAUAUAUGUAUACAUUAUAUACAUUUCUCAGCCUAUUUAUAUGUUUUUCAUCAGAUAAAUUCAUGAACCUUCAGUGUAAAAUCUGAGCAGUAGUUCUCCAUUUUGAUGUGAUGUGGCUGGAUAAUUCUGAGUUUCAUUGGUCCAGCGCUUCUCUUUUGUUCUUGAACAGUUUCAGUGGCAAGUUUUGUUUUAGUUUGGUAUUUUCUCCUACUGUAUUUUUUAUUUCUGGAUAUGAAUUUACAUCUCAAGUAGGUUCAGUUCAUUUCAACAUAGCACUUGCUUGCAUAGCACUUAUGUCUGUUGUAGGCUCUUUCUUAAGUGUUACUUAUUUGUUGGCUUUAAUUUAGCUUUAGGUGAAGCAUCUUUUUACUUAUUUUGAAAGACUGUAUUUUUAUUUUUGUUUCAGCUUUUGUGGGGACUGUGCUUAUCAAAUUGCCUUCUUUUGGAAACUAAAACCAAACGUGCAUUUCUCAGUGUUGUGUGUGCAACAGUGUGCUCUCUUAUGGAAAGACAGAGGAUUCAGUUCUUUGUGUUGAUGCUAGAGUUGAAAGUUGGUCAUUUGCAAAGUGGGAAAACGUGAGGUGAAAUGAAAUGUGAGUGCUGUGUUGUUCUGUUUUGGCAAAUGAGGAGUGGCGGGGGGAACACACCCCUGUAGCUCCAUCUCAGGGCCUCCUGGUGUUCUGGCAAAUGAUAUUCAGGCCUGCUGCACAUUUUUAGCAGGAGUGCCAGGAGGGUUUGUAUUUGUAGAUACACAACUGCACAUUCACUAUUUACCCACUUUUACUUUAACAGAGUGCCAAGUUUGAAUGUUUUCUUACUACAUAGUAGUUGGCCUAUGAAGCAUCAAGGCACUGACAGAGAAAUAUACUCUUCCGCGAACGGUGGGAGACAUUUUAGCUUUGCAUCCAAGACUACUAAUAGUUAUAAGAAUUGUCCCUUUUUGCGAUAAGUUAAUAUAAUUUAUUGCCACAAGAAUAUCUUUUUGUGCUUUAUGGUAGGCCAAUGGUAUGUAAUGUACACAGUUGGCUUCGUCUAUGAAAUGAACCAGUCAUGGUUGUUAUGGCCAAAUGUGGACCCGUACUGAACAUGUAGCCUGUUGACUGUCCAGACGACCGCAGUGCCUCCCGUGCUCACCAGUGUGCCUCAUUUCUGCAAUCUACAGGACACGUUUGCCAAAAAGGGAUAUGAACUAAUUCAAGAGACUCAAAUUGUUGUUUUGUGUUGACCUGAACUGCACAAAUUCACCACGUUCAGUUUGAUUUGUACAAUUGGACAAAAUUUGGUAUUGACAAGCCAUACCAAAUUUUUAAAGGAAAAAGUACAAAAGGUCAUUUUAUUUCACACCUAUUAUUGCAAGACAUACAGCAUUUUCACGACGUGUAUAAACAAACAACGCAUUAAUGGUAUAAUAAAUGGGCCAAGGUGGAACUGGAAAAUGUAAAAGUUGACAUUUCAAGCUGCAUGAUAAAACUUUUUCACAUGACUUUUGUGGGAUCAUUGUUUUCUACUUUUGUCCACUAACAAAAGUAGAAGGCAGAAAAUCGAUGCUCGGCAAGUGAUUUUACCUCGAUCUGUUGAGCUUAUGCAAACAUUUUCUGAAGAGUUUUUGACAGAAAUGCAUCUUCAUGUCGCCCUCUGUCUUGGUGCUCUGCCAAAAACUAUCAAUUAGCUUCCAAAUGGAUCCAUGAAAACCUUUUAAAUGACCAUAUUUUUAUUGAAGACCACAGCAGGCCAUCCGUUUCUCUUUUUUGUGAUAUUUAAUCUUAUUUUAAGAUGCUGACUGAGAGAAUAACAUUGCACAGGGGAACAGAUGGCCUGCUGGGAGCAGCUGAAAGAUGAGACUGUCAAAGACAGUUUUCUUGCCAUUGCUAGAUAAAAGUUAUUUUCUAUAAUGUGCUAUAUCUGACUUCAUGAACCUUAUAUACCCUGUUGAGAAACCUUAUUUAAGGGAGGAUUUCUGCUUUUCUCAUCAGG